AUUUUCAAAAGUAGUCGUUACUCAUUAUGUACAGCUGUGGGCUGUGUAAUUGUACUUUUGAGACUGAAAAGGAAAGCUAUGAACAUGACAUAAGUGACAAACACCAUAGGAAAUUCGAGGAAACUGAAAAGUUUUAUGGACGUCAGGCGCGUCACUUUUGUUCAAUAUGCAAUUGUGGGAAUAUACAAGGAAUUACUUGUUGGCACAACCAUACUCGUGGAGCUCGUCAUAGAAACAGUCUGAUAUCACUCUAUGAGUGUUAUGGAGAAAAAGGGCCAGAUGUAAAUGUAGAAAGUUCAACGCAAUCAAGUCGUAAUGGAUUCAAACCAGUUCAAAAACAUGCUCCAGGCAGUAGUAACUCUCAAACAUAUUCUGGGAAACGUUCAUCACAUGAUGUUUAUCAAUCUUCGUCAGAUAUCAAACGUGAUAAGUUUAGUUCUCCUAUGCAGCCUACCAAAAAGUCAAAAGUUAUCAAUACUUCAGACGCACAAGAAGGUGGAAUGAUGUUAAACAUAUUGGAAACUAUUCAUAAAGACUCACCUACUCCUCGAAAAAAUGGUAAACAAGCUCAAAAGAUAAACACUGUCAGUCCAAAAACUAAAAAUUCAAAUAUCUGUAAACAAUCAGCAGAAACAUCAAAGGGUAAACAAAACAAUAAGAUGUGUACUCCUGUUAAAACAAAAACUGUAAAAAAUAAACGAAUUCCUGAAUGCUGUGAAGUAACUAGUCAUCCAAUAACUCCUGAAAACCGAUCUGAAGUCAGCUCAAAAGUUGAAGAUAUAAGUAAAAGUCAAGAAUUACUGUGUAUGGAAAAGGCGUUAAUUAUUUCUCAAGAAUUACAAUCACUUAAAAUAAAACAAGAUGAAUUGGAGGAGAAAUUACAAAAUACAGAAGCUGAAUUGAAUCUGGUUAGAUCCAAAAGACGCGAGUUGAAACAACAACGAUCCAGUCUUUUAAAAGGUCUUAAUCAUUCCGACUCUGAUGUUGAAAGUCAUGCAGAUAGUUCACGUUCUGAGGUAACAGAUACCCGACAGAAUGUUGCUUUACCAAUUCAAAAACCAAGUGUUAAAGCUGUUGCGUCUAUAGCUCCUUUAGAUACAUUUAUGAAUACAAUACAAUCAUCUGAUGAUAGCACUAUUUGUUCGAAUAAGUCAAAGAUGAUUAACAGACAACCAAUCGAUGAACCUUUACCUUCAACUUCAUAUGCUACAGGAAACAGAGGACAAUUUGAUUUCGAACAACAACAACAACAACACCAGCAACAACAACCACAUCAACACCAACAACAUCAAAGAAAUAUUCCCACCUCCUCACCAGUAGCUCCAGAAACUACUUUCAAUAUUCCUUCAACCUCUGGAAUCUCGAACACUCCUACUCCUAUACUACCUCAACAACCAAUCUCUGAUCCUCAUAAUUCUCUACCUGUCAAUUCUACCUCAAAUGCUGUUGAUUUGGAACGCUUGGCUUUAAUUCGUCAAGCUCUUCAAUCCCCUGAUAGUUGGCAGUUUACCUUUGAUGAAGUUGAUCAAAUGUUGAAACAAGCAGCAGCAAAAGCCUCUGCUAAUAGUGCAUCUCAUCGUACUACUGAAGUACCACAACAGCCUACUCAGACAAGUUCGAGAACAGAUCCAUCAGGUCCUAGUAAUGAUACAAUAACAUCUGUACCCAUAAAAGCAGAACCAACUGUCUAUACAACAUCAGAAGCGAAUGAACCAUCGGAACAUCUGUCUACAAAUCACACCACUGUCACCAAACCCAAUGUGUCUAGUGCUCCUACUCCGUCUUGUCUGCCUCAAAUAACCUCUGUACACUGUGUUCAACCUCCAGGUGAAACGAUAAAAACAAAUCACUCUUCAUCUUCUUCUUUCACGUCAUCAGAUGAGGAAACGUCUAAUACACAUACACGGACAGCACAUGAUAAAAGUCAGAUUUCAUAUCCUUUAAAAACUCAAACAGAAACUGAUACUUCUAGUCAAACAGACAUAAAAUUGUCUACUUACUCAGGUUCGAUGUCAUCAUCAUCAUCUAAGGGUGGGAUUAAAAUUGGUGAAUUUCAUGCAUUCAAUGGGUGUACAUCAGCUGUUAUCGACAUGGUUGUUCAUCCAAGCACACAGGUGCUUUAUAUUGGUGGACAAAAUGGAACAAUUGUGGAGUGUGAUCUUAAGACUCAUCAGUGUAUAACUAAACUCCCUCUUAGAGAUGCAAGUAUUACCCGAUUGUGUUUAGAUCCUAAAGGCGAAUCCAUACACGUUGGUUAUUAUGAUCAGUAUUUUGCUGAUUACAGUUUAUCAACUGGUCUCUUAGUGCAUAAAAACGUUUUCUCCAGUCGUAUUGAAGCAAUGGCAGCUGCUCCAUCACCUGAUAUACCAUUUAUAUUUUUGGGUCUAUUCGGUGGUGAUAUACUACGCUAUAACUUUAAGACACAUGCAAUUGGUUUUCUUUGUCGACAUACAUCUAGUUAUCAUCAAUCAGAAUCUAGAGUUAAUAAAACAGAUGAUGUAGAACAGACAACAGGUAGAUCUCAGUCGAAUGAACCAGCUGGUGUCACUUCACUCUGUCUUGUUCAAUCUGGAACCUCUUUGUUGUUAAUUAUUGGUGGCUUAGAUCGGUCAAUUUCUAUCGUUUCAGCUAGUAAUGGAAAUUUAAUAUCUUCGAUACAAAGUUGUAAACAAAAAGGACCUCCUCAGGGGAUUUCCAGUCUUCCUAUCGGCUCUUUCUUUUCUUCUUUUUCUGAUCGUUCAAUUCGUAUUUAUAACUGGAAGACUGGAGCUGCUGAACUGAGUUUCCAUGUACACAAAAUAUCAAGUUCCUGUAUAAUGCAUCGCUAUAUAGCUGUAGGAGAUUCUGAAGGCGCAGUUCGUGUAUAUAAAUUUCAACCAAAUGGGUUGCCGCAAACACGACCGAUAAAAGUUUAUUUCAUAUCUGCUAGAGGAGCAGUCACUUCACUUGUAUGCGCAGGAGACAGUUUAAUCGCUGGAAGUUUGGACGGAUCGGUUACCGUUAUCUUGGUUAAUGAACCAGCCUCAGAUUAUACAUGUCUUUAUGGACGAAAAUGUGGUGAAAAUUGUGGACUGGGAUUUAUGGAUCGUCGUGACCUACUUCAUCAUGUGCUCAAUGAACACCUUCAUUUUGGAAAUAAGAAAACAAUAAUGUGUGGAUGGGGUGCAGGUCGUUGUAGAGUACGGUUCACAGAAACACAAACUAUCAGGUCUAUCAGUGAUCAUCUAUUGACCCAUAUACCUGAUUGAUUGAUCGGUUGUAAAGAAGAAUGAACAGACACUGCCUCUAUUGUAAAAUAGAAAUUCAGAUUAUGUAUAUUGUGCAUUAAAAUAUGUACAGAAUAAGUAAAUAAAUAUUCAUUUUCUUUUUA